AGCAGGUUGGGGCAGAAGAGCGCAGCGCAGCGCAGAGUAUGGUGAAACUGACAGAAACUCUGUGGGGCUGAAGGUUUCCUCCAUCAUCUGUCUCCUCAGGAGGAACCAUAAAGCUGCUCCUCCAUCGCCCAUAGGCUGGGAUCUAAAUGACAAGGAGGCAGAAAGUCAUCCACUGAUACCAUGGAGAGCAAGGCUGUACUUCGCUGUAAGAUUGUGGUGGUUGGAGACUCACGGUGUGGGAAAACGGCUCUCCUUCAUGUUUUUGCCAAAGACUCGUAUCCAGAGAACUAUGUUCCCACCGUGUUUGAGAAUUACACAGCCAGCUUUGAGAUCGACAAGCAGAGGAUCGAGCUCAACAUGUGGGACACUUCAGGUUCAGCCUACUAUGACAAUGUGCGGCCAUUAGCGUAUCCCGACUCGGACGCUGUGCUCAUCUGCUUUGACAUCAGCAGUCCGGAUAGCUUGGACAGCGUGGUAAAAAAGUGGCAAGCUGAGAAGAAGGAGUUCUGCCCGAAUGCCAAAGUGGUUUUGGUUGGCUGCAAGCUGGACAUGAGGACAGACGUCAGCGUCAUGAGAGAGCUUUCCAAACAGAGACAGAUCCCCGUUACCCACGAGCAGGGCACCAAUUUGGCGAGGGAGAUUGGCGCCGUGGCCUAUACUGAGUGCACUUCGAAGUAUUCUGAAAACAGCGUCCGCGAUGUGUUCCACAUCACCACGCUGGCCUCUGUGUUCAACGUCCAUCGGCCUCAGCUCAAAUCUGUGACCACACGUCGCACCAACAAGCGGACCUCACAGCAGCCUCCUCGGACUGAGAUGCUCGGGGACCCGCCUGCCAUUAGGAAAGACCGAGCCAAAAGCUGUGUGCUCAUGUAGCAGCAGAGCCUGCUGAUAGCCUGAUCUGUGUCUGCUAAUGGACAUGAGCUCCACUGCACAUAAACUUUUAUAAUUUAUCUGUGAGUUCUUGUCAAACACUGACACUGCAGUAAGAGAAAUAUGGCAAAAAAAAACAAGAAUGGAGUCCCAUAGAGCUCUUAUUUUGUCAGUUUUUUUUUGCAAAACUCUGCUUUAAAUUUUUCUUUGUGCCUGUGCUAUCAUACCAUGGAAGCCACUAUAGCAACUGAAGCUAUUUUUUGUCAAGGAUUUUACAUGAAAAAGGACAGAAUCAGACAGGUUUAAGAAAUAAAAACAGCAAAGUGAGUGAUGAGAAUAAAUUAAUAGUUUUAGAUUUGAAAUCCUGUCUUUGACUUCAUUUGUCUAAGGAAAUCAAGCACAAUGAAAUGCAAGAAUCUUUGGUUUUUCCUCAUUUAAACUGAAAAUCUGGGCAUAAAUAAAUACAAAAUACAAAAAGACUGAUGCACUGAUAUGACAAAUUGUCUCAGACCACAAGUGCUUUAAAAUAGAAAAUUGCAUAAUAAAAUAAUCUGAAGUGCUAUGUACUUACUUGUGUUCUAAUUACAGAGGGAAUUUGGGGGCGUUGCACAUUAUAUUGUACAUGCAGUAAUAAAAUAAAAUAAAAAAACUUGGUCUGCUUAGUUUAAAAAAAUAUAUUUUCUCUCAUUUAUUCAACAGUGUUCAGGUACAUUUCAGGUGCUCUAAUUCAGAUUAAAAUUACGAAAGAAGAUGUCAAACUAAAUAAUUAU